CUCAAGGGGAAAAUUCUUGUUGGGACAAGAAAUGCCGAAAUAAUCGAAGUUGGAGAGAAGAAUGCUGCGUGCAACAUCCUAAUCAACGGCCACAUGGACGGACCCAUCUGGGGCCUGGCCACGCAUCCCUCCAGGGACUUUUUCCUCUCUGCUGCAGAGGACGGCACGGUCAGGCUGUGGGAUAUUGCAGAGAAGAAGAUGCUGAACAAAGUCAGCUUAGGACACGCGGCUCGCACGGUUUGUUACAGCCCAGAAGGCGAUAUGGUGGCUAUUGGCAUGAAAAACGGAGAGUUUAUCAUCUUGCUGGUGACCUCUCUAAAAAUCUGGGGGAAGAAACGGGACAGAAGAUCAGCAAUUCAGGAUAUCAGGUUCAGCCCCGACUCUCGUUACUUGGCUGUCGGCUCCAGUGAGAACGCAGUGGAUUUUUAUGAUCUGACUUUGGGUCCCACGCUGAAUCGGGUCAGCUACUGCAAAGAUAUCCCGAGUUUCGUCAUCCAGAUGGACUUCUCUGCAGACAGCUCGUAUCUCCAGGUCUCUACUGGGUCUUACAAGAGGCAAGUCUAUGAAGUGCCUUCAGGAAAACAGCUUGUGGACCAGGCUGUGAUUGACAGAAUUACAUGGGCCACUUGGACAAGCGUUCUGGGGGAUGAAGUGAUCGGGAUCUGGUCCAGGCACGCCGAAAAAGCGGACGUCAACUGCGCCUGCGUCUCUCACUCGGGAAUCAACCUCGUGACGGGCGACGAUUUCGGCAUGGUCAAACUGUUUGACUUUCCCUGUCCUGAAAAAUUCGCAAAACACAAGCGGUUUUUAGGUCACUCUGCCCACUUAACCAAUAUUCGAUUUACGAGUGGAGAUCGAUUCGUGGUCAGCGCUGGAGGGGAUGACUGCAGCUUAUUUGUUUGGAAGUGCGUGCACAUGCCUCACUGA